GAGCUGAAUUUUCGGGAAAAAAAUUUGAUGAAGAGAAUAAUCUUAAUGUCAAUGUUUAUAUACUUGAUACAAAAAGUUUUUUAUGGGUUACUUCAACUUCUCAAAAUGCUUCAAAUUCAACACCUUCAAACGCGACAUCUUCAAAUGUGACACCUACAAAUGUGACACCUUCAAACGCGAUACCUUCAACUAAUUCUACUUUAAUUAAGAACACACCUGAUAUUAGAUUGGUUGUUGGCCUUUCUAGUUCAGCCG